AUGGCCGCGGCCAUGGACAGCCUUUGGCUUUGCUUGUGCGGCGCCCUGGUCAUGUUCAUGCAUGCUGGAUUUGCCAUGCUGGAGACCGGUUGCUGCCGCUCCAAGAAUGCCUCGAACGUCUUGAUGAAGAAUUUGGUGAACGUGUGCGUCGGCACCCUUGGCUGGUGGAUUCUUGGCUGGGCCUUUGCCUAUGGAUCUGGCAUCAACCGCUUCAUCGGAACCACCGGCUUCCUGGGAGAGGGCUUCUACACCAAAGAUGCUUCAGGAGUGAUCAUCCCUCUCUCAUGCUCGAACAAUUCCUGCCAAAGCACAAUGUUGAGCUGGUUCUUUCAGUGGGCCUUCUGCACCGCAGGAGCAACGAUCGUCAGCGGUGCCGUUGCAGAGCGUGUGCAGGGACCUACCUACGCCAGCUACGCUUUCGUCAUGACCAGCCUGAUCUACCCGGUGAUUGUGCAUUGGACGUGGAGUGGCUCGGGAUUCCUCGGCGACAUCCUCGACGUUGGCGUCAUGGAUUUUGCCGGAAGUGGCAUCGUGCACUUGACAGGAGGAGUCUCUGGACUUGCCGGAACAAUUGUGCUGGGACCGCGGAAAGGCCGCUUCACCAACCCCGAGGAGUUCGAGCCUCACAACCUCCCCCUGGUUGUCUUUGGCACCUUUGCCCUCUGGUUUGGUUGGUACGGCUUCAACCCCGGAUCAACUCUGGGAAUGAGUGAUGCUGAGACCGGCGCUUUGGCGGCCCAGGUUGCUAUGAACACCACGCUUGCUGCAGCAACUGGCGGGAUCACGGUCUUCCUCCUGCGCUACAUCAUCAUGCGCAAGUAUGACGUGGGUGGCCUUUGCAACGGCAUCUUGGCAGGGCUGGUCUCAAUCACAGCUCCAUGUGGGAACGUCGAGUGCGGCAGCGCCUUUGCCAUCGGAUUCGUCGGGGCCUUGGUUUACCAGGCCUCAUCCAUGCUCCUCCAGAAAGCGAAGAUCGAUGACCCUGUGGAUGCAAGUCCAGUCCACGGCUUCUGUGGAAUCUGGGGUGUGAUUGCCGCCGGUUUGUUCGACUGGGGCAAGGGCUUCGAUCACUACCAUGGCUGGAGCGGCUGGGGCUGCAUGUCGGACACCAAUGGUUGCAAAACCGGCAUCAACGGCACUGCGCUUGGCGCGCAGUUCAUUCUGAUCCUCAUGGUGAUUGCGUGGGCCGGCACCAUCUCCGCCUUGACCUUCUCCGUGCUCAAGUGGUGGGGUGCCCUGCGUAUUACGGAGGACACUGAGGAGGUGGGGCUGGAUGCCAAGGCACACUCCCCACCCAAGGCCUACGCCUUCUCUGCCUGA